UUCCACACCUAAUCCUGCACUCUACGUGCUUCCCGAAUGCCUGCUAAUGUCGUCAGCCAGGCGAUAUCCGAGUCAAACCUUGUUACAGAAAACUCCAUUCCCUCUUGGUCAAUCAUCAGCGAGGAAGGGUGUUAUUUACCUAGCUAGAGUCUAGAGAGAACGCCCUACUUUCUCUGACUCUCUCUGACCUCCCCUCAGCACGAAGCGAGCCAGCUGUGCUCAGUUUGUGUCAGACUAUUUGGUAAACACGAACCUCUCCUUCAGUGACCCAACUUCCGUAAGGUCGUGUGUUUAUACAUUCACGCCUGACCGACAGAGGUCAAGACAAUAAAGUGUUCCGCGGUGUACCUUGUGAGGGGAAGUCAUGAUAAAUAUGUAUAACCAUCGCCGAAGGGACUCAGAUGAAAAAGACAAAUCGAACGCGGGUCGAUUGACAUGUAGUUACAGUAGGCUCAACACAAGUCCUUCAUCCCCAGACGGCCUGUAACCUUGACUCUCGCGUUUGAAGAAUGCGUUGGCCCUUAUCAGGCCGUACUCAGAUGGGCACGAUAUGCAGUACUUUGUGGAUUUAUGCAUGUUUUCAACGCAGCUUGUGCAAGACUGAUGUCCUUUCGACAAAUAGAGUGUUGGGAUCGUACUAGGUUCUCUGACCUGUUGUGUCAAGCCUGGCUGUAGGCUGUGAUUAACAGUAGAGGUCACCCAGCGGACAAAGAUAUGUCUGCCACUCGGGCGGGCAACAGGUCGCAUUCAGCCGUGCUUACGUGCCGCGCCUUCUAGCCAGGCUUCCGACAACUUGUAUAUUGUUGUUUCAUGAAGCCAGGCGAUGGUAUCUCAGGCUCUGUAUCGGAUCUGCUCUGAGUCUGUCAGGGUUUUUUGAGGCAUAAAAAGCGAGCAAAAUUAGUCCACGCCCGCGCCGCCUACUCGUAAGGCAAUCGGCUGACGGUAUCGUCGGAUGAAUUGAUUUCGGCAAAUGGAAGGAUCCAAAUAAUUUCCUCGUUAGAGAGCGGGAACCCUGCAACUGGCUGGUAUAUCGGCGAUAACGUAUUCAUUAAGGUAUCUGCUUAAAGCUUUGCUAGGCUUACAGUUAAUAUAAUCCCGGUGGUGACUACGCAAGAGUACCGAGCUCUGACGUGGACUGUUGAUAAUUUGCCUUCGGCAGAGUCGCGAGGCUGCAUCAAUCAGGAUUUAGGUUUCCAGCCCGGCGGACGUGUAUGAUGCCGUGUGACAAGACUUCGCAGCGGCUCAGGUAGUCUGUAUGAGCGGUGCAGAUCGGCUUAAGUCUGGGGAUAUGUUCCAGAAGAGCGUGCACACAGCAAAGGGCUACCUGUAGGAUUGCCGCACCUAGUUUGUAACACCCGUCAGUCCCCCGUUCACUGAUGUACAACAAGGCUUUAUUCUUUGACGGGAUGGAAGGAAGAGGAUCGUUCCGAAAUUUAUUCCGACAUGAAAGCUACAGUCAUGAGGAUGUUAGCCCGCCGCCGGUCCGGCCUAGAGCCGAGAUGGGGAGUCUUUUGGAGAUGCAGAAGCUUCUCAAGAAAAAGGACGAGAAGAUCAGAGAACUUCAGGUUCAGCUGGAGAGAAAAGAUGCCGAAAUCAUCGAGCUGAAGACAAAACUGGACAAAUAUCAGUCCGUGUUCAAGCCCGGCAUGGCGGCCAUGAGCGGUACUGCAGGUCCGGCGGCGGUCAGGAGGCGUGCCCAGGGCAUCUCAGCAGAACCACAGUCCAUGAAAACGUUACAAGACGUCACCAAGCAGAAAUUCAAAAAGUACAUCAAGUCAAAAAGGUAAGCCAAUGCAUA